AUUCAACAGAAAAUAACUUCCUACUUUCUAUUUAAUGAGUUCUUGAAGAUUAUGUCACUUAUUAAGGGGGUAGCGAUUGCUAGAUAGAAAAUUAUUUCCAAUGCAUGCACAUCUCCUUUCUUGAGCCUCCUUGCGUGAAUAUUGGAAAGUGAUGAAGACUCGCUGCUUCAUUUUGUUAAUUCAGCUUUACUACACGUUUAUAAUUGUGAAGAAGAUUGAAACGAAAUGCUUACCUACGGAAGUGUCUGUUGUAACGAAGACGUGGUAUCCGACAAAGACCAUGUGCAAACGCAGCUGUCCAGCCAAUCAGUUUGUAUUUCGAGAGAGGUGUUACGAAGAUUGUCCAAAAUUUACCUCAAAAACUGACAACGGAUUUAUAAAGUACUGCAGCAGUCAGAUCGCUCUCGGGAACUUGGAAUGCCCUGACUUCAUGUGUACUCAAAGAUACCCAUAUUGUUUUAAUGGAAACUGUCUUUCAUCUUGUCCGGAAUAUACCGUUGGCUACAACCGUUCCUGUCUUAUAAAAUGUCCAACGGAAGCGCCAUUUGUCACGGCGUAUUCUUGCAAGGGUGUAUGUUAUUCAGGAGACAAAUCUUGUUCGGAGACUUGUCCUAACUCUCACCCAUACACUUUCCAGUCCUUGCAUAUUCAACACUGUUUAAGUGAAUGUCCUGAUUUUACAAGAAUCAAAGGAAAUUGUUGUGCUUUAUCUUGCUCAUCCGCUUUUCCUUUACUCUUCAAUAGAAGCUGUUCGGAAAAGUGUCCAAUUACACACCCAUUUAUAUAUUUGAAAAAUACCCAAUAUAAUCAAAUUUUUACGUGUGUGGAGAAAUGCCCGGAUCAGAUGGCAUCGUAUCGGAAUGUAUGCGUUUCUGUGUGUCCUAAUAAUACAUAUCUUGAAGAAGGAGCAUACAUGAAGUGUGUUGAAAAAUGUGGAGAUGCGCGUCCAUUCAUUAGCGUUGCACCGUCAUAUAAAAAAUCAAUAUAUUAUAAGCAGUGUAUUUCAAGUUGUCCGGCUGGACAAUACGCCUUGUCCGAGAACAUAGACAAAAUAUGCGUGAAUGUAUGUCCGAAAAAAUUUUCCAUAUAUAAUAAUACAUGUUUAUCAAAAUGUCCGAAACAGUACCCUUUGAGGAAUACUCUCAGCAUACACGGGCGUCAUACCUUUACAUGCGUGAAAGAAUGUCUACACGAUACUUUCAACCAUGAAAACAUGUGUUUAACUCGCUGUCCAAGCCAAUUAGUGCACUAUCUGUCAAAUUGUACAUCAAAAUGUUUAGAUCAUUAUCCUUUCUUACUGAAACAUAACCGGACGUGUGUUCAUGCAUGCUCUCGAAAUUAUGUGUAUAAUGAAAAUGUAUGCGAUGAUAUUUGUCCGGAAAAUAAGUCUUUUAUCGAGAAUAGGACUUGUGUUGUGCAAUGUAGCAAUAGACAUUCGUUACAUAAAGUUUCAACCAGUGGAAAAUUAUGCCUAAAUUCAGGAAUAUGCCCGAAUGAAACAUUUUUGUUGAAUAAAACGAACAAAUGCAUCAGCGAAUGUCCAAGAAAAACUCAUGUCUUGAUCAACAACUUGUGCACGAACAUCAGUGAAUGUUCAAUGCCCUCAUUCUUCCUUGACACUAAAUAUGGAUAUCGAUGUAUUCAAAAAUGUCCAACAGCUCUAUUUACCAACGGUAGAAACUGUGUCUCGCAAUGUCCUGAGAAUAGUGUUGUAAUGGAGAGAAACUGUACGGAAAAAUGUAUGGAUCCUAAACCUUACAAAUUCAGAAACGACAGUCUUGGAAGAACCUCAUAUUUCUGUUAUUCUGUAUGUCCGGAUGGUUAUUAUAGUUAUAAGACAGAAUGUAUUCUAGAGGACACCUGUCGUUUCGACAAACAAUCAUACAUUUUUAACAAGACGUGUUACAACAAAUGUCCACCACACACAACGUUACUCAGUGCUCCGUACUAUGUCUGCAAGGCUGUAGACUUUCAAAGUGCUUAUCGGAAUCUUGUUGAAAUUGUCUUAGGUACUGGUGUGUUCUUGACAUGUUUUUAUUUUGUAUGCUGCUACAAAGGAGGUAUCCAUCGUUGCUUGUCUCGUUUAAGUGAAAAAUUCAAAAAGGCACAUUAUCAAAAGGUUCCAACUGCAGAUAUGAGAAAUUCGAUUGAAGAAACAAACUCGAGUGAAAAUAUUAAUGACAAUAGCAUAUGCGAAAUACAAGAGAUUGAUACAAUAUUGGACAAUGACGCACACUCCUUGUGAACAAAGAAAUAAAUGAGUCAAACAAAUGACUAAAUAGAUUAAUACAUA